GCAGCUCCUGGCUGUCAGUUGCUUCCUCUAAUCAUGAGGUUACAGUCAGAAUAAAAACUGCAGCUCGUCCCCAGUCACUAACAGCAGUCGGGAGGGGCGCGUUCCUCUGCUAGACCCUUUGAUCGGUGUUUGAAUGGUAAAUGGCAGAACCAGAGUGAGAACGUGAGGCCUUGUCAGCAAAAGUCAGCUUUCGUCAGCAGACCUGUGGAGGGUCCCUGCUUAGCCCCUCUCCCCCGUCGCCAUGGAUGAACUGCAGGACGUGCAGCUGACGGAGAUCAAGCCCCUGCUGCAUGAUAAGAACGCUGCUCAGAACUUCCAGGACUUCGACUGCCAGGAGCAUGACAUCGAGACAGCGUCCGGGGUCAUCCAUGUCACCCUGCGGGGCACCCCGAAGGGGAACCGCCCGGUCAUCCUCACCUACCACGAUAUUGGCCUCAACCGUAAGUCCUCUUGCUCCAAGGACUGGCUCCCUCUCCCGCCUGCCUCCGUUGGGGACAAGCCUUCAGCGCAGGCGAGCUGCUGUGAGGCCUGGCUGGGGCAGGGAUCCGGAGCGGGAGUGAGUGUCUUUUCUGACUGUGUCUGUUUCAGCCUGAGGAGCAUCGUUGGGAUUGGCGUUGGCGCUGGGGCGUACAUCCUCAGCAGGUUUGCACUGAAUCACCCCGACCUGGUGGAGGGGCUCGUGCUUAUCAAUGUGGAUCCAUGCGCAAGAGGCUGGAUGGAUUGGGCCGCAGCCAAGUUUUCUGGCUGGACAACCAACAUCGUGGACAUUGUCCUGGCUCACCAUUUUGGGCAGGAGGAGCUGCAGGCUAACCUGGACCUGAUCCAGACCUACAGACUGCACAUUGCACAGGACAUUAACCCGGAGAACCUGCAGCUGUUCCUUGCCUCCUAUAACAGGUACAGGGCUGUGCCGGGGCGGGAUGUCCAUCUCCGAGCUGCCCUCGGGCCCUGUGCCUCACGGGGUGCGCGCUGCGCUGGAGCAAAUGUGACACGGGGAGAGAACGGUUCAGUCCAAGGGGCCUUGAAGUUCCUCGUCUGCAGUGACUCUCCCAGCCUCGCUCUCUGUGCGCACGGCCCUGGACUCCUGGACCUGGUGGUUUGCUGGUGCCUCCAGGGGCCCGGCCCCCAGGGAGGGGGAGUUUCGCCGAUUUCCAGGCACAGCGCAGUGCCAGCCCUGGAGAGAGCGUGA